AUGAAAAGUGAAGGAAGUAGCGAUGAGUCCAAACUCACCUGCAAUAUAUGCCAGCAGACUAUAAAACACUCCUAUUCUUUAGAAAGGCACAUAAAAGUUGUCCAUUAUGGUUUCAGACCUUUUAAAUGCGAUUGUGGCAAAAGCUUUGCCACGAGGGAGCAAUUAACUCGACAUCAUAACAGCAAACACUCAGAAGAGAAGCCAUUUGUGUGUGAAAAAGGCUGCAACAAAGCAUUUGCUUCUUAUAGUGCUCGGUCUUAUCACCAUAAUAUUGUCCAUGAAAAGCAAAAAUUCAAGUGCCCUAUGCUCGGUUGUAGCAAAGAGUAUUCGUCAAUGCAUCAUUUGAGGAAUCAUCAAGCCAAGCCUCAUGAUCCACUUAUACAAAUUCUUAAUUCAAUUAAAUGGUUACCUUAA